UCGGGGACGAGGAAGGGCAAAACCACAAGAAAACUUGGAAAAAACUGGAGAGCAUUCAGGGCUAGGUAUUCGGGGAAGAAUGGCCCAAACUAAAAGAAAGUCAGGAAGAGGAAGAUCUCGUGGUCGUGGGAGAGGAGGAUUGGUGCCUGAGGAAAGUGCUGAAGCUAGACAGGCCGCCCAGGAGAAUCAGUUGCAGGUACUUGUUGUAUCAUAUAUUACUUGCAUGAAUUGAACAGAUAAUGAACAACUGGUUUCUAAAUAGUAUGCAAAAAAUUUUGUUGUUAGGAUUUAGUGCUCAACCUCCCACAUGAUGUGCUGCAGCAAUUAGCACUGGAACUAUUAAGACGGCAUCCAGACGUCUACAUGGAUUUAGUAAAUGGAGAAAUCCCAAACCAACCACCACAAGCAGACCCAGGCAGACUAACAAACCAACCACCCCCAGCUGAUCAACAACCCCUAAACCAGUACCCAGUUCAACCACUCCCAGACCAACCACCCCCAGUUGAUCAACAAUCCCCAAACCAACCACCUCCAGACCAACCACCCCCAGACCAACCAUCCUUAGACCAACCACCCCCAGACCAUCCAAAUGAAGAUCUAGCCUGGUGUUAUUGUGGUGCAUGCAGGUCCAUGCCUACGCAAACUGAGAACAAGUGUUGUUGUAAAAGAAGAAUGCAAUGCAUGACAACUAUGCCACUUUUCCAACAUAUAGUACUUGAUGCAAAUGUAUUAGAGAUACAGAUGAGGUAUCGAGAGGAUAUACUUGCAAUGGCUCACCACAGAAAUAACGAGAACUUUCGACAUGCUGCCUAUCGGCAAUUUGUGCUGUGGCAUCAUGGGAAAUUGGGUAAAGGUGACCGUAGGGUUGUGCCAAGCUGUUGUGUCCUUGCAAUACGUGCAAGGUAUCCUUCUGCUAAUGGAUUUUACGUAGGGUUUCGCCCUGCAAGACUAUGA